CUGACCCACAGGCAGACGGCACUGGGGGCACUGCUCUGCCCCACUGAUCCCUCUGCCCCACUGACCCCACUGCCCCACUGACCCCACUGCCCCACUGACCCCACUGCCCCACACACGCUGUGGGUCAGUGCCCAUCGCCAGCAGGAGCCUUCCAGGCUCCGGUCCCUCUGCUCCCGGCACUGGUGCCAUCGGAUCGGGAUGGAGCUGCUGCCUCCCAUCACCUUCAUGGCCAUACUGGUGGUGGCCAUGGGGCACCAGGACCCGGCGCUGGACUGGCACUGGCAGCAAUGGAAGAAGACCCAUGGCAAGGAGUACCGGCACGAGAAGGAGGAAUGGGAUCGACGGGAGAUCUGGGAGAGGAACCUGCGCCUGGUGAUGCUGCACAACCUGGAGCACUCCAUGGGGCUGCACUCAUACACACUGGGCAUGAACCACCUGGGGGACAUGACCAGUAAGGAGGUGGCAGCUCUGUUAACGGGGCUCAGCAUCCCCCCCGGAUCCCAGCGCAUCCCUGCAUCCCAGCGCAUCCCUGCAUCCCAGCGCAUCCCUGCAUCCCAGCGCAUCCCUGCAUCCCAGCGCAUCCCUGCAUCCCAGCACAUCCCUGCAUCCCUCCCGGACACUGUGGAUUGGAGGGACAAGGGAUGCGUCACGGACGUGAAGAACCAGGGCGCGUGUGGGUCGUGCUGGGCAUUCAGUGCUGUGGGAGCACUGGAGGCACAGGUGAAGCUGAAGACAGGGACGUUGGUGUCGCUGAGCACCCAGAACCUGGUGGACUGUUCGGUGCCGCAGGGGAACCGCGGCUGCAGCGGCGGCUUCAUGACCAGAGCCUUCCAGUACAUCAUAGACAACAACGGCAUCGAUGCCGACGACGCUUACCCCUAUAGGGCUGAGAAUGGGACGUGUCAAUACAACGCUUCCGCACGAGCUGCCACUUGCUCCAAGUACAUUGAGCUGCCCUAUGCUGAUGAGGAUGCUCUCAAAGAGGCUGUGGCCAAUGUUGGCCCCGUCUCUGUUGCCAUCGAUGCUGCACAACCAACCUUCUUCCUGUACAAGUCAGGGGUGUACGAUGACCCCCAGUGCUCCCAGGAGGUGAACCAUGGGGUGCUGGCCAUCGGCUAUGGUACCAUGGAUGGCAAGGAUUACUGGCUUGUGAAGAACAGUUGGGGUGUGCGCUUCGGAGACGAGGGCUACAUCCGCAUGGCAAGGAACCGCUCGAACCACUGUGGGAUCGCCAGCUACGCAUCCUACCCCCUCAUCUAGACACGGCAUUCCCGACGGAUCCACCUCGGGAUCUACCCCAGGGCAUCCCCAACCCAGAGCUUUGUGCCCCUAUGGGCAGCGAUCAGGGAGGGAGCAAUUGCAUGGGAGGAUGUUGGGAUGUGAUUUAUAGACAUUUGG